UGUAUAAAAGUGUUGCGCCCGACCAGACCUUUUUCCCGCUAACAUUGCCGCCAAAAUGGAUUUAAAUCUAAACAGAUUUGCGAUUUGUUUAAUAAUCAUUUGUGCAAAAUUAUCUGAGAGUCAAAGGAUUAGUUUUAGAAGAUAUGAUAUUGUACCAACCAAUACACCGCUGCCUUUUCCUGCAUGCCGAGCUGAUGACAUCGAGUGUCUCCGGCGUGGCUUUCGAACGUUUUUCUUCUUGAUGAACGAGGGUCACAUGGGAAUGCACCGCAUUGACCCUUUAAUUCUGAACAGUGUGUCAGUGGCAGUGCCCAAUGAACAGGUGUCGUUCGUACUGCGCAAGGUGAAUGUUACCGGCGCCACUUGGAGCAAACUAUCCGAUAGGAAGUUUAACAAUCAGAAUGGUAAGAACAGUGUACGGUUAAUUAGUGAUCUACAUGUAACUGGAGUCAUCACUAUGCGUUUAUCAAGAAACAUAGAACCUGCUGUCGCAUUCAUCACAAUGGAUUUUGAUAAUGUGGAAAGUAACAUAACUUAUUCCUGGUAUGGACAACGUGGAUAUGAUAAUGAGGAUUACAUAGUUAUUGGUCAGGAACGGAUAGCAGUCAGGAAUUCAAAGACACCACUAUUUUUCCUUCAACCAGAAAUAGUAAAUCUAGAUAGAGCAGAAGAUUUGAAAUCAGGUGGGAGUAGAGACUCAUUUGCUAUAGAACAAGUUAUGCUAUCAAAGACAGCAAUUUUGGAUCACUUGGCGAAUGAAAUAACUGUGGCACUAAUGCAUGCUGUAGUCGACAACUUCAGAAUAUUUGCAGCCACUGUUCCUGUCAAAAACUACUAUAUUUACAAUUAUAAAUAAAUCUUUAAAAAACCUG